AUGGCCUCGAUGCCCACCCGGGGCCCCGGCGUCCCUGCCUUCUUUCCUGGGUCGCGAUCGGCGGCCACAGUCCCGGCCAACCGGAGCGCAGAGGCGUCCGUGGGCAACGCGUCGGCCGCGGGCGCCGGCGCCCAGGCGGUCACGCCGUUUCAGAGCCUUCAACUGGUACACCAGCUGAAGGGGCUGAUCGUACUGCUCUACAGCGUCGUGGUGGUCGUGGGGCUGGUGGGCAACUGCCUGCUGGUGCUGGUGAUCGCGCGCGUGCGCCGACUGCACAACGUGACCAACUUCCUCAUCGGCAACCUGGCCCUGUCCGACGUGCUCAUGUGCACCGCCUGCGUGCCGCUCACGCUGGCCUACGCCUUCGAGCCCCGCGGCUGGGUGUUCGGAGGCGGCCUGUGCCACCUGGUCUUCUUCCUGCAGCCCGUCACGGUCUACGUGUCCGUGUUCACGCUCACCACCAUCGCCGUGGACCGCUACGUGGUGCUGGUGCACCCGCUGCGCCGCCGCAUCUCGCUGCGCCUGAGCGCCUACGCGGUGCUGGCCAUCUGGGCGCUGUCCGCGGUGCUGGCGCUGCCCGCCGCCGUGCACACCUACCACGUGGAGCUCCGGCCGCACGACGUGCGCCUCUGUGAGGAGUUCUGGGGCGCUCAGGAGCGCCAGCGCCAGCUCUACGCCUGGGGGCUGCUGCUUGGCACCUACCUGCUCCCCCUGCUGGUCAUCCUCCUGUCCUACGUGCGGGUGUCCGUGAAGCUCCGCAACCGCGUGGUGCCGGGCUGCGUGACCCAGAGCCAGGCCGACUGGGACCGCGCGCGGCGCCGCCGCACCUUCUGCCUGCUGGUGGUGGUCGUGGUGGUGUUCGCCGUGUGCUGGCUGCCGCUGCACGUCUUCAACCUGCUGCGGGACCUCGACCCGCGCGCCAUCGACCCCUACGCCUUCGGGCUGGUGCAGCUGCUUUGCCACUGGCUGGCCAUGAGCUCGGCCUGCUACAACCCCUUCAUCUACGCCUGGCUGCACGACAGCUUCCGCGAGGAGCUGCGCAAGCUGUUGCUCGCCUGGCCCCGCAAGAUCGCGCCGCGCGGCCAGAGCAUGACGGUCAGCGUGGUCAUCUGA